AUGUAUGUACCCCCCACAACCCCCAAAAAAUCUGACAAAGGCCUAGAUAUGCCUACCCUGCCCACUGACGAAGCAGCCAUUUUAGACCAAAUAUUUGGAAAAUCUGCAAAAAUUCCCCACACCCCCAAUAAAGCCCGGCCAAAGAGAAGGGCCAUAAUGGUCCAAGAAGAUGACCCCCCACAGACCAAUGCUACAGUGGCAGAUGACCCAGGAACCGCCCAAACCAGGAUUUCUCCUGAAAUCCUGGCAAAAAUUGGGAAACUUUUCCCAAAAACCAACAAAACUGACCAGGAGCCAAAGGACAAAAGUAAAAAAGAUGCUGAGAUACUUAGGCUUAAAAAGGAAAAUGAUCGACUCAUUAACCUAGUAGAAAAAAUGUCCAACCAAAUUGAUGGCUUGCAAAAACAACUCGAAAAUGUAAUGAAACUGCUUACUAAAGAUCAGAGCACCAACCAACAAAUAUCUAGCAUGGAGACGUCACUGCAAACAAACGAAGUCCAGGACGUAGAACUGUCUACUCCUACUACGCCCAACAAAAACAACAGCAAAAAAAGAUCACCAGAUCAAGUGGCAACGAACAGGGUCCCUCAAGCAUAUUUUCAAAACAAGUACAUUCAUUCUCCAAAACAACGAAUUUUCCUUAAGGCUUCAAGCCCCCAGCGUUGCAACAAUUUAUUCAACGAUUUCGACUCCUGGUGUAAGGAUUUAGUGUUGAAGCCUAAUCGAAACAUACCACUUGGGUCUCUCAAGCAUAUUUUCAAAACAAGUACAACCAUUCUCCAAAACAAGUACAACCAUUCUCCAAAACAACGAAUUUUCCUUAAGGCUUCAAGCCCCCAGCGUUGCAACAAUUUAUUCAACGAUUUCGACUCCUGGUUUAAGAAUUUAGUGUUGAAGCCUAAUCGAAACAUACCACUUAAACAAGCUUUCAAAAUAGCGUUGAGGACGAUGAAAUUAGAACUACACAUGAUAAUAGUGACUUAUCAGGAGACGAAACACAUAUUCAAGAAAAUAGUAGAAGAACCUGAUGCUCAUGCACCUGAAACGCGGAAAAGGUUUGAAAGAAAGAAACGGCGACAGGACGACAUAUUGGGUGAAAAAAUGAUUUCAUUGCUAGAGAAAAGUAAUGAAAAAGCAACGGAAGAAGAAGAUCCUGACAGAGCAUUUUUAAUUUCACUAUUGCCAACUUUAAAAGGUUUUGAUGAGGAUAAGAAGCUGCAGUUUCGUGCGGAAGUGCUUCGUAUAAUGAUGGACAUUAAAAAAGUUCGUCCAUUUUUUCAGCAACCCGAAAACCAUCAACUACCGCCACAAAUGGGUGAUCCCCGUGCACACAUAAAUUCCCAAUCAAGCAGACCACCAAUGAAUUAUGGGUAUGGAGCUUUUCACCCUCAUCCCAACUAUUAUACUACUGACUCCCAAUCAAGUGCAUCCUGCUUAAGGCCUUCAUCUGCUGCAUAUGCUUCAAGCUGCACCCCAUCACCAGUAUCUCACUCAAGGCCUUCAUCUGCUGCAUCAUUUAAUAUAACGCAACCAUCUACUCAAUCUCACCCGCCCCCUCUAACGCAGCUAAUAGGCAUGGACAGUGAAGACCUCGAUGAUAUACAAAUGCUUAACUAA